AGGGGACUCUCGCGCGUGUAUGGCUCGUAUAUCGGUCACUGAAUCGACCGAUUAAGUCCGUUGAUUAUGUUUACUCCCCGGCGUUAAGAGGGACAAAGUGGAGACAUCUAGUGUAGGUAAUUUGAUAGAAAUCUUCGAAAUAUGGCAUCGACUUCUAACCCCGUAAUCUUCGUCACAGGCGCGAACCAAGGCAUUGGCUUUGCGAUAGCACAAGUUCUCUCAGCGUCGAAGAAACCCUACACCAUCCUCAUAGGAGCCCGCAGUGAAGCCCGUGGCCACGAAGCCGUCGAGAAACUCAACGCUACCAAAACGAACAACCAAGCCACCUUCGAAACCAUCCAAAUCGACGUCGAGUCUUCAGACAGCAUCGCCACCGCCGUUGACAAGAUCGCGAAAGAUUACGGCCGUCUCGACAUCCUCAUCCACAGUGCAGGCAUCGGAUCCGGCGAGGGAGGAAGCUCUGACAAGCGCACCGACUGGCGCAAGAUCUUUGAAGUAAACGUCUUCGGCGUAAUGGAGUUGAACCAAGCCUGCGUCCCACUUCUCCAGAAGUCGACGGAUCCCAAGGUCGUCAUUGUCACGUCUACUAUGGGGUCCAUCACCAUGGCCGAGUCUAUGCCACUUCCGAUAGGUGCCACAGUAUCACCAUAUAGAGCGUCGAAGGCUGCUAUCAAUAUGAUGUUGGUGGAGUGGGUGCAUUGGGUGAAGGGUGUCAGAUUCUGGGGGGUCUGCCCGGGCCUUUGCGCGACGGAGUUUGCGGGCGAUUUCACGAAGAACAAUGGAAGGGAUCCGAGAGAAGCCGGCGAGAUUGUGAGACAAUGCAUCGAGGGUGAGCGAGACGACCUGGUUGGGAAAAUGAUCUACGAGCAAAAUGGAGAGAGUGGCGUGCGGCCUUGGUAGAAGUAUGUUUUGAUCGAUGUUACAUUUCACGUUAGUUCCAUGCAAUCAUCCUUG